AUGGCCCACGUCAUACAAGCCGCAGAGUCGCGCGGGUUCGUCGUGGGAGAGCAUGCUCCUGCGGGAUCAGAACUGUCGCCCGAUAAAUUGGCAGAAAUACUGCAAAAGUUCGCGCCCGAGGACCUAGUGGCAGGAUCUAUGAGCUCACCUGCGGUGGACAAGCCACUGUCAUCGAAGAAGCGGAGGUUUCGCAAAGACUUGCUGCCUGACCAGCACGCAGAGAACGUAUGGAUGGACGGAAAUCCGCCCAUAGAAACUAACAAUGCAGUCUCCCUCGACGACCCGUUUCAAAGGUUCUUGACAACAAUACAACAGCACAGUGACAGCAGUGCAAGCGUUGCUACAGGCGCAGACCCUAUUGGCGAUAUCAUAACUACACAGCCGCAUACAUUACCAACGGCUGAUCCUCAAUACAUUCCAUUCGCUGCGCCCCCGGAAAGUCCAGCGUCCCAGUUCAAGCAACUGGCACCUUUCUUGGAGAUGGUGGACUGGGAUGCCAGUCUUGAGCACUUCCUUGACAACCAGUACAGUGAAAGCAGCAACCUUGAUUGGUGCUUCGGCAAUACAGAUCUCGACUCCAUGGGGAGCACGUUGUAG